CAAGCUCCGCCCCCCCCCCCCCCAACUCUCUGGAUUUUGAAUUUCUCAACUCGGGAGGUUCGGCUGGAUACCCCAAGCAUGAAAACCGAAAAGGAAGCUGCAGGCAGCCCCACUGCUGAAUCUGAGGGGAGCCUCCAGCUGGUUGUGACCGGGAUUGUGGGGGAGGAUUUGCCUGUAGCGAUGCCAUCCCAGAUUAAAAUGGAACCGGAAGAAGGACAGGUGACCACGUGGGAAGACCGAUGGCAGAAUUUCCUUAAAGAAGCAGAGUCCUCUUGCUCCAUGUGGGGAAACACCCCACCCAAGGGCGACUCGGAAAGCCACGGGAGAAGGAUCGUCACCAUCCCGCCCGGCUUCCAGCAGGACGAACAAACCAUUUCCGAGGAGGCCCACCGCCAGCACUUCAGGAGGUUCUGCUACCAGCCAUCCGAAGGUCCCCGCAUGGCUUGCAAGCGGCUGAAGAAGUUCUGCUGGGGGUGGCUGCAGCCAGAAAGACGUACCAAAGACCAGAUCCUGGAGCUGGUGAUCCUGGAGCAGUUCCUGGAGAUCCUGCCAAUGGAGAUCCAGAGAAGAAUUCGGGGAUACGGAGCGGAGACAUGUUCCGUGGCAGUUGCUCUGGCGGAGGAGUUCUUGCUGAGGCAGCAAGAGGCAGAGGAGGCAGAAGAGCAGGUCUCAAGUCCAGCUGAUGAACAGGCUGGAGAUUUCUGUGAUUCUGGAGAGCCUUCAAUGGGGACCCCAGAGAGACCUCCCUAUAAAGAGAUGAAACUGGAGGGAAAUGAAGACGCUUCCUUAUUAGAAAGUGACCAAGAGAUGUAUCAACCUAUCGAAGAAGAUCAGACAGACGCUUUCGACAGAUCGGAGAUAGAAGAUGUUGUCAUUGACUACCCCGAAGAAAACGAAACGCAGAACUCAAAAGAGAGCGAGCUGGACGGGGUCAACCUCUGGAGGUUCACUGUCCCGCCAAGACAGCACAAAGAUGGACCACGACACACCUGCCUCCUUUGUGGGAGAGCGUUCACCCGAAAAUCAAGCCUGAAUAGACACCUCAUUAUUCAUACUGGAGAGAAGCCCUACAAAUGUGCUCACUGUGGGAAAAGCUUCAACCGGAAGACCAACCUGCUCUCCCACGAGAUGGUUCACGCCAGAGACAAGUCGUAUCAGUGUUCUGACUGUGGGAAAAACUUCAAACCGAAGUGGGGUGUCAACGCCUACCAGAUCGACCACACGGGGGAGAAGGUUUACAAGUGCAUUUCUUGUAAGAAGAGCUUCCGGCAGAGAUUGGAACUGGGGAGGUUGUUGAACGGGCAGAAGAAGGAGUCCACCGCGGGACAGUUGAAAGGGGAGUGGAAAGAUGGAGUCUUUGGCCCUCUAGAAGAGCGCGAGAAAGAGCCGGAAGGUGAGAUCGCCGAAGAAAAAAACGUAGCCGUGAUCAGCCCGUACGACGACCUCGAUAAAAUGAACAGCUCACCGAUGCUGUAUAAGGGAAGGCAGGGGAGCCCCUGCCCGAUUUGCGGGAAAGUCUUUGCCACGCAAUCGAGUGUGAACCGACACAAAAGGAUCCACACGGGAGAGAAGCCGUAUCAGUGCUCUGACUGCGGGAGAAGCUUCAACCAGAAGACGACCCUUCUAACCCACAUUGUGAUCCACACCGAGCAGAAGCCGUAUCAGUGCUCGGAGUGCGGGAAGCACUUCCGGCAUUCCUCGGGCCUGUUGGUGCACCAGAGGAUGCACACGGGAGAGAAACCCUACAAGUGCGCCAUCUGCCGGAAGAACUUCACCCAGCGGGCACACGUGGUCAAGCACUUUGUGAGAAAGCAUGCGCGAGAGAAGCCGUCGGCUUACCUUUCUCAGUCCCCCCAGUAGUGGCGGCAGCUGUAACAGGAUGCCACUCUUUCGCUUUGAGUUUGGAAAUUGGUUUCUCCUCAGGAGAAACCUCCCCUCUUUGGGGUCUUCACAACUUUGUCUCCUUGUAGUUCACAGCACUGAGCACUUAAAACCACCAGACAUGCACGACCCGCAGCCUCAAGGUCACAAGGGGUGGGUUGCCUUUUUGCAGAAGAAACGCUCAAAUUAAGAUCUGAAAUAGACUGUGCUUUAAAACAGCUCCUCCUCAAACUCGGUUUGUGGGGUGUGUGUAUGUGUAUGUGUAUGUGUGUGUGGAAACAGCACUGUCUGUUUGGGUCAUCAAAUACUCUGAAGACAAAGAUGAAACUGUCAGCUGCCUCGGCAAAAUUGCUGUGCCCCGUGACGUGAAGAUUCCCAAAGGCAGUGAAACCGCAAUGUGGGUCGUCUUUGCUUACUGACUGCUUCAUUCAGUGACCAGUCGAAGUUACAUUAGUGCUGAAAAGCUAACUUUACAACUGAUAUCUGCCCUCAACGGCCUUUCAGUAUGCUUUCUCCUGUGCCUGACCUGUUGUUUUUCCAUUUGCUUGCAGAUUGGAGAGAUUGGAGUAAGAUUGCAAGAGAGUAAGCGGACACACAAUGGGGGAAUACACAUUAAAAGUAAUGUAGUGGCAAUAGCAGCCAGUGUAUUCUCCAUUACAGACCUGCUUACUCUCUUGUAAUCCCUUCCUCUUCAAACUCUCCACUGUGUAAGCCAGGAUGGGGAGAAAAUAGGUCAGGCGUAGGAGAGCUUGCCUACAGAAAACCCUCUUUUCUUCCCCCCUUUACAGAAUGGAGAGAUGAAGGGGUUACAAGAGAGUAAGCAGAGCACACAAUGGGGACUACACUGGGCUGCAGCCAGAACCAAGACAUUGAUUUCAAUGUGUAUUCCCUAUUGUGUGCUUGCUUACUUACUCCCUUGCAAUCCCUUUCUCUCCAAUGAUUGUAAAUAUACAUGUUCAUUCCCCUUUUUUUGCUUAUUAUCCCAGAGGACUGGGAAAAUAGAGAAAAGGGAAACCCAGUGAUGGUCACGUGAUUUCCCACUUAGUGGCCGCUUCACUUCACAACAGCCGCUGGUCCCAAUUGUGGGUGUUCCAGAAAACGGUAGCCAUUUCAAAAGAAUCUGGCAAGUUUUUGAGCGAAUGGGAAUGACUGCAAUGUAUAACUGGUUGUAGGUAACCCUGGCGUUCUUUUGCACUGUAGCUCUUUCAAACGAAAUGCUCGGUUUUUAUGUUACUUCUAGGCAUCCCGGAGUGUAUGUGUGGAGAGGAAAAUGAUGAAAGCACCUGUGACAUUGUGAACAUAAGCUCCACCCCUUUUGUUUAUGUGCCAGGACGUCUGCCCAUAAGAAAGGGACGGAACUUGCUCUGCAAUGCCUCGACGCCACUUUCGCCCUGUCGAUCUGGCUUCACAUCUUAACACUUUUUAAUACUUUUUAAACGUUGGAAUUCCCGCGAGGAUUCCGAACUUUUACAGACUGGGACGAUUUUAACAGGCCCAUAAGGUCGGAUUACAAAUGGUUUCCCAGCUGCUGUGCUGGGGGCAUUGCACCACCGUGGCAACUUCAAGUGGUGGGUACUUCAGCACGGGGCAUCUGCCCUCUGAAAUGCUACCUAGACCAGGGAUGGUGAACCGUUUCAGCACCAAGUGACAAAAAGUGCUUGUUGGGCGACGCGCCCCGGAAGAGAAGCUGCCAAGUGGGCAUACGCGCACUGGAAACUGAAACUUCAUUUCCCGGUGCCUUUUCAGCAUGCGCACCGGCCAGUUUCUCUUCCUGUUACUGGUGUGCAUACGUGCAUGACGAUCAGCUGGCAUGCGCGUAACAGAAAUCAGAAGACCAGCUCUUCUGGUUUUGCGGCAUUGCCGCGCGCGCAAAAAACAACUGAUUGCCAUGCGCGUAUAUGUACCAGAAACCCAGAAGAGGGUUCGGUGAGGCUGCGCAUGCCCCCUCGGGCACACGUGCCAUAGAUGUGACCUAGAUGUUUUUAUUCUUUAGCAUCGACUGAUUUGGCUGCUGUUAAGUAGGAACUGAAUGACUUUUCUACUCGUCUGUUUCUUUAUCCAGCCAUCCCAUAUGUGUAGCAAAGCUCCGUUUGGAAAGGAUUGAACCUGUUCUGUUUACUUAAUUAUCAUUAACCGUAACCUGAUGCUUGUUUUUCAUGCUCCUGCUUUCCUGCUGAGAGAGGCUGGAAUAGUUGAACUAAUUUCUCAGAAAAUUUGGUUCUCUGUGGCAAGUAAGCGAUGGGCACAAUCUCUGUCGACGGGGAAGGAAAGUAGAAAUAUGUUACUUUUCGCAGAAGCUGAUUAGAAUAAAGCUAAUAAGAACGUUGGC